GGUCAUUGAGGAUGUGGCUGUGGAGUUUACCCAGGAAGAGUGGGCUUUGAUGGAUCUUGCUCAGAGGAAACUUUACAAAGAUGUGAUGAUGGAAACCUUCAGAAACCUAGCCUCACUUCAAUCAUUGGGUCAGUUUAUCGAAAUCUUAAUGAUGGAAAUAAGUUAUCCAGUGAAUAUCUAAUAGUGGAAUUCAUGAAGAAUGACAUCUGGCCCUCCAUGUUAGAAGGUAUCUGCAAAUUGCAUGGCAUUGAAGAUCAGCAUAAAAAUCAGGGGAGACAUAUGAGAAGGCAUGUGGUAAAGAACCUUUUUGAAAGUAAUGAAGAAGAUCAAGGUGGAAAAACCUUCAGAUGGAUUCCAAACCUUACCGUGUUCAAAAGAACUCCUACAGCUUUAAAUUCUUCUGAAUGCUGUGAGUGUGGAAAAUCCUUCAUCGAUCACUCAUCACUUAAGCAUCAUAUGAAGUCUCACUCUGGUUGCAAUACUUAUCAAUAUAAGAAAUGUAAAGAAGCCUGCAGUUGUCCCUCUGACCUAAGCACUUCUGUAAGAACUCUUAGAGAAGAGAAACCCUAUAAAUGUAAGGUGACAACACUCAAUGGAGAGAAACCCUAUGAAUGUAACAAAUGUAGGGAAGAUUUCUGUAGUUUCUCUUCCUUUCAGACACAUGUGAGAGGUUGUACGCAUAAAUGCAAAGAACAUUGGAAAACCUAUCCCUCAUCAUGCCUUUUACAUAAAAAAUUUCAUAGUAGAGAUAUGCCUUAUGAAUGUAAAUCAUGUGGGAAAGGCUUCAGUCAUUCCUCAUCCCUCACUAUAUGUAUAAGAAAUCACAAUGGACAGAGGCCUUAUGAAUGUAAGGAAUGUGGGAAAGCUUUUGGUAAGUCCUCAGCCCUCACUUCACAUAUAAGAGUUCACACUGGAGAGAAGCCUUAUGGAUGUAAGGAAUGUGGGAGAGCCUUUAGUAGUUCCUCAUCCCUCACUAGACACACAAGAAUUCACAAUGGAGAGAGGCCUUAUGAAUGUAACCAGUGUGGGAAAGCCUUUAGCUGUUCCUCAUCCCUCACUACACACACAAGAACUCACAGUGGAGAGAGGCCUUAUGAAUGUAAGGAAUGUGGAAAAGCCUUUAGCGAUUAUUCAUCCCUCACUCAACAUAUAAGAACUCACAAUGGAGAGAGGCCUUAUGAAUGUAAGGAGUGUGGGAAAGCCUUUAAUUGUUCCUCAGCCCUCACUAAACAUUUAAGAACUCACAGUGGAGUAAGGCCUUAUGAAUGUAAGGAAUGUGGGAAAGCCUUUAGUCAAUCCUCAGCCCUCACUUCACAUAUAAGGGUUCACACUGGAGAGAAGCCUUAUGGAUGUACAGAAUGUGGAGAAGCGUUUAGUCAUUUUUCAGCCCUCACUAUACAUACAAGAGUUCACACUGGAGAGAAGCCUUAUGAAUGUAAGGAAUGUGGGAAAGCAUUUAGUCAUUUGUCAGUCCUCACUACACAUAUAAGAGUUCACACUGGAGAAAAGCCGUAUGAAUGUAAGGAAUGCAGGAAAGCCUUUAGUCGCUCCUCAUCCCUCACUUUUCAUAUGAAAACUCACAGGAAGGCCUUAUGAAUUUAAGGAAUGUGGGAAGGCCCCUGGUGAUUCCUAAGACUCACUAGACAUUUGAAAACUCACAGUGGAGGGAGACCUUGGGAAUAUAUGAAAUGUAGGAAAGGCUUUAGUGAAUUUUCAUCCCUCGCUAGACACGUAAGAACUCACAUUGGAGAGAGAAUUUAUGAGUAUAAGGAAUAUAGGAAAGCCUUCAUUCACAACUCAGUCCUUGGUGACUCGGAGUAAAACUCCCAGUGUGGAGAGAAUGAAUAUAAGGAAUGUGGGAAAGCUGUUACUCAUACCUGUUAUCUCACAGAACACAAAAGAAGGUAUAGUGAAGAGAAAUCUUAUGAAUGAAAGGAACAUGGGAAAGUCUUUUGUUAUUCUUUCUCCUCUGUAGACAUCCAUAAUCACAGUGGAGAGAGUCCUUGUGUAUGUAAGGAAUAUGGGAAACUUCAGAUGUUCCUCGUAAUUUGAAAUACAUCUGAGUAGUUAUACCGGCCGGAAGACCUGGAGGUGUACUGGUUAAGAGCUAUGGCUGCUAACAGAAAAGGUCGGCAGUUUGAAUCCACCAGGUGGUCCUUGGAAACCAUAUUGGCAGUUCUGCUCUGUCCUGUCAGAUCGCUGUGAGUCAGAAUCAACUCGAUGGCAACAGGUUUGGUUUGUUUAGGUUUACUGGAGAGAAACAAUGUAUGUGUAAGUAAUGUUGGAUAGCUUUCAUCCUUCCUCUUUUUCCCAAACCUAAAAGAAGAUACAUGGCAGAAAAAACAUGUAAUUGUAAGAAUGUGGGACAAUUCUUGUUUUUCUGCUCAUGCUUUCAAAGACUUUUGAAUUUAUGCAUAUGGAAAACCCUUCCCUAAUUUUCCCUUUUGAAUAUUUAUGAAGUCACACUGGACAGACAUCAGGUAAAUGUAAGGUUCGUAGGAGCAUUUACACAUCUUUCCAUUCUUUGAGGCUGUUUGGCAUGUUACACUGGAUUGAUUCUGUGAAGGUAGAAGAUGAUGGAAGCCUUCUGUGUUACUCCUUCAGGUAACCUAUGAGACCUUACACACUGGAGAGAUCCUCUAAGUUUUGUGAUAAAGCCUUCGAUCACAUAAUUUGCCUUUUGAUGCACAAUGAAAUUUAUACCAGGGGAAGAAUCUUAUCAAAGUUAGGAAUGUGGAAUUUACCACUGCUUUAUCCCCAUGUGCAUUCAUUUCUACCUUUUAUUUUCUGACGUAAACAUUAAGGUGAAAAAUAUCCACUUUGUUUUUUUUAUCUCCAUGUGCAUUCAUUUCUACUUUUUAUUUUCUGACAUAAACAUUAAGGUGAAAAAUAUCCACUUUAAGUUCUGUGGUAUGAAUUUUGAUAAGUAAUGUUUGCAUUUUUGUUAGAAUCACACUAUUCUUGAUGUUUUGCAUAUUUUUUCUCAGUCUUUCUUGUGUGCACAACAAUGGUUUUAACAGAAUUAGGAUUGCACUGUAUGUUUUAGUUCAAAAUCAUCCCACAGAGGUGCCCCUCUCUCAAAUGGUGGUUCAAGUAGCAGGGUUUGCAUGGAAGGAUGUCUCUUUCUGUGGGCCCACACAGAGCCCCUACCUGACCUAGCUGCAGUGGAAGUUCUGACCUGCACAGAUCCAGACCCUGUGCUCAGUGACAGAGUCCUGGUUUUGAUCAUUCUGAUAGUCCAAGAGUGCAUCAGGCCAGGAGCUAAAGCUGUAGUUUCUGGGCUACAGUAGUAGAUGCUGAUCCACCUGGUGUGAAUACCCUCUACAGGGUUAGAGAAGAUGGGGGCCUGUCUAGGGCUCCCGUAUUAGUAGGGGAAAGACAAGAGGGUGUUGGGCCUAGAAGUUUAUCCAACUCCACUCUGCACCAUACUGAGCUGGAAGCUGAUUCACUUACUCCUCAUCUAAGGUGUCUGUGAAAUGGUGGCUGAAGGUAGCAGAAGCCUUCAGAAUAGAUUUUCUCUUAAUCCAUCAAUUCUACUUGUAGUAUAAUCCUGUGGAAAUACCUGGGCACCAUGAUAGUGCCUAUCUGCAGCAGUGAUAAUGAAUACCCUGAGAGUCAGUGUCCACCAGGAAGGUUGUUGUUAGUUAAAUGUCUGGCCACACAUCAGAAUACUGAACUGCCACUAAAUGAGUGUUUUCAGAGAACUUUGGACCACAGGAGAGGCAAUCACAGCAUUGUGUUGUGUGAAAGCAAGGGUAUUCUAGCAUUAGGAAUCAUCUAGGUUCCUUAGGGAUAAGAAUCAGCAUCAGCACAAAGCUGGUUCCUGUGAGUGGUCAGACUUUGCACCUUCAUCAUUUCUGAUACCAGCUGUUCCACCCGUUGCAUAAUUUACUUCUCUGCUGGGUUCAGUGAUUUGUUGCAGUGACUACACAGAACUUAGAGAUAAUACGCACAGUUGUGUCAUUUUUUAGGGGAGUAACAAGAUAGAAUUCAGGAUAGCUUCCAACCAGGACAGCCCUCUCUGCUCGUUGCUGCCCUACUAGCUGACCCUUCUUGGCUAAGCACACUUACCUGUCCUUGGCCUUUGUGCCUUCAGCCUUUCUGAUGCUGACUGGCCCAAAUCAGAGCCAGUGCAGCAGCCCGCUCAGAGCUCUUAGCUGCUUUCCUAGCAGCAGCUGUCUACCUUCACCACCGGUUUUGCUGUCAGCUCUCUGCUCUGCCUCGGGCCCCCUUUUGGGCCUUGCACCAUCCUCGAUAUUACAGCUCUUCACCUGUAAUACAGCUUUUAGGAGGUUCCCUCCUGUCUUUCUGUCGCUUGUAGGGUUGCUGCUUAUAUAAGCAAACUGCUUGUCAAUUUCAGGGCACAGCUGUCUCUACAAGACUAUGACUGAGCAGUCUCUCUUGGUGGGCUGCAAGUCAUUCAAUCCUAUUUCAAGUCACUAUUUGAAUAGCAGAUUGACCGGUCUCUGUAAGGUCUAUAAAAUAAACCCGAGCACAGGGCAGACUGGCCCAACCGAUUAUUUUUGAGAGAAUUACAAACGCAAGGCCAGAACAGCAAUUUAUAAGAGAAACCCAUUGCACUGCAGCAAGAUAUAAAAUAGUGUGUACAUGAUGAUGGCAACUUGUUAAAUAUUUACAUAUUAAUGUUGUAUAUUUUAUAAAUGCUAACGAACUGUCUUGUACAAGACCGUAUGUCCUAGAACAUUAACAGAGAUUCUCCCCUGAAGGUGAGAUUAUGAUUGAUUUCUUGUCUCAUUGUGCUUCUCCUUAGAUUUCAAUUUUUUUAUACUCAUCGUUUAUUUCUUAUGGAAUUUUCCUGCUUUUUUUUUUGUCGUUGUUUAAAAUCAGCAACUUAACUUUUGGAAUCCGAGUUGACAGAUGCAUGAAGCCUCAUAUUGCUGUUAGCUGCUGUCGAGUCAGUUCUGACUCAUAAUGACCCUGUGUACAACAGAACAAAACACUGCCUGGUCCUGUGCCAUCUUCACAAUUGUUGCCAUGUUUGAGCACAUUGUUACAGCCACUGUGUCAAUCCAUCUUAUCAAAGGUCUUCCUCUUUUUUGCUGACCCUCUACCUUACCAAGCAUGAUGUCCUUAUCGGGGGGCUGGUCCCCCCAUAACGUGUCCAAAGUACAUGAGACAAAGUCUCGCCACCCUCACCUGCAAGGAGCCCUCUGGCUGUAGUUCUUCCAGCACAGACUUGUUUGUUCUUCGUAUAUUCAGUAUUCUUCCCCAACACCAUAAUUCAAAGGCAUCAGUUCUUCUUCAGUCUUCCUUAUUCAUUGUCCAGCUUUCACAUGCACAUGAGGUGAUUGAAAAUAUCAUAAUUUGGGUCAGAUGUGCCUUAGUCUUUUAAGUGACAUCUUUGCUUUUCAACAGUUUAAAGAGGUCUUUGCAACAGAGUUGCCCAAUGCAAUACAUGAAGUCUCAUACAGUUGCAAAAUGAAGGUACAGAAUGCACCACACGUCCCUCCAAAAUUCUCCCCGGUGCUGCUUUUUUGUCAGACCUUCCUAUGGCCAUAAAUCCCUAGCAGCUGUCCCUGUAAAUACCUUGCUCUGUGUAGCUUUUUUGAUUCCGACUCCUUUCGCAUAGCAUGUUGCUAUUGAGAGUCAUCCAUGUUGAUUAAUGAUCAAUAGCUUGUUCGUUUUGAUUGCUGUGUAGAAUCCCAUUGUAGAGCCAUACCAUAGUUUGCGUGUUUGUCAAUUGAAGGACGUUUGUGUUUACAGUUAUGAAUAAAGGUGAUCAUAAACAUUUUUGAACAAGUUUUAUGUGAACUUAGAGUUUUCAUUUUUCUUGCUAUAUCCCUGGAAGUAGGAUUGCUGUCAUGUGGUAGGUGUAUGUUUAACUGCAUAAGAAACUGCUGAUCUGUUUUUAAAGAGGCCAUGCCGUUUUGUAUUCCCAACACCAAUCCCUAAUUCUAGUUACGUUGAGAUCUGGCCAGGCUAAUUUCUGGCGCAGUCUAGUAGUAUGCUUCGGUUUGGCACUGGCAUCAAGGGGUCCUGUUCAGAUAUCUGGCUGUUGUAGUUCCUUAGUGCUGCUGUAACAAAUACCGCAAGUGGGUGGCUUUAACAAACAAAUUUAUUUUCUCACAUUUUAGGAGGCUAGAAGUCACAGUUCAGGGUGUCACUUGUAGGGUAGGCGCUCUGCUCUGGAGGGAGGUCCUUGCCUCUUUUCAGCUUCUGUUUGUGGAUUCCUUGGCAUUCUUCAUGUGGUGUGGCAUCUGUCUUACCCCACCUGUGCUUUCUUGCUUCUGUAUCUAAUCUGCUCCUUUUGUAUCUCUGAGAUGAUUGGCUUAAGACACCCUCUACUGGUAUGACCUAAUUAACAUAACAAAGGAAACCUAUUCCCAAUGAGAUUACAUCCACAGGUGGUGGUGGUGGUAGUUGCCAUCACAUCAGUUCCGACUCGUAGCAACCCAGUGUACGACAGAACAGGUUGAGGGGUUAGGGUUUACAACACAUGUUUUGGGAGAACACAGUUCAGUCCCUAACAGUGAGUCUUCUGACAGGCAUCCUCACACUGACUGAGGAGAGAGCAUAUCCUGUAGCAGUCUAAUUAGACAACAGGCCCACGUGUACGGGACUCUGGGCUAUCCCACCACUGCCACAGCCAGCCUGGUCUAAACCCAGGGCCCAACCAAGUCUUGCUGAAGAAAAGCAGCAUUUCUACUCUGACCCCAGCGGAAGGAACUGGCUGGUUUGCUCCUUGUCAUCACAGUUGCUGAGUCCUCUCCAUUACUCUGUUUCUGGCGUGGAAACCGGAAGGAGGAUGUGGACAUCUGAGUUAGCAGGUCAGCUGGUAGGCAUCCGUCUUACAGCUCACUGCCUCCACUCCUGCAUCGGAAGUAAGUGUGAUGGCUGGAUUGCAUGGUAAACCUAUGUUUAGCUUCCUAAAAAAAUGCCCUAGUUUUUUAAUGUGGCUGACCAUUUCGUAUCCUCACCAGCAGUGAAUGAGAGUUUCUGUUGUGCCACUUCCGUGCCAGCAUUUUGUGUUGUCAGUAUUUUGAAUGUUAGCGCUUCUAAUAAGUUUAUAGUUUAUAGUAGAACCUCAGUUUUGUCUGAAUUUUCAGUUCCCUAAUGACAUCGAUGUUGAGCACCUUUUCAUAGGAUCGUUUGCCUCUUGCAGUGAAGUAUGUCCUCAGAGCUUCUGCCUGUUUUGUAAAUGGGUUGUUUGCUUCCUUAUUGUUGAGUUUGUAGAAUUUUAUGUAUACUUUGGAUAGAAGUCUUGUAUCAAAUGUGUGUUACAGACUUUAUAGUAUGUUUUAAUAUCUAAUACUGCUAUUAUCCUAUUUUGUUUUUUUCUCUCCAGUGAUUUUCUGGCUAUUUCCCCAUGUUUGGGUGUUUUUUGUUUGUUUGUUUUUCUCUUCUUUUUGUAAAUUUGUUGUGAACUUGUCUGUCUCCACAAAAAAAGUUGUUGAUAUUUUUAUUGGGAUCGCAUUAAAUUUGUAAACUAA